GUGCUGUGCAAAGCCGUGGCCGCACUAUUGCAAUAUUUUUUACUUGCUGCACAAUUCAGCAUGAUGGCUGAAGGAAUACAACUCAUAAAGAUAACCAGCUUCCCAUUUAGAACCAACAGUAUUUUAAAAUACUUACCACGUGUCAUUUUUUGUAAGUAAAGUGACGUGUAAUAAUAGGGCAUGUACCAAUAAUUUGUAAGUAGAUUAUCAAUUAUUAGUCUAUCAGAACAUGUGCCGAAAUUUUGUAAAUAGUUUUAUAUAUUAGAACAUGAAAUGGCUUGUAAGGAGAGUAUCAAUUAUUAUAACAUAUACCAAUUUUUAGUAAGUAGAAUAGUAUAAUCAAGAAUCAGAUCAUGUGCCAAUUUAAGGUAAGUAGAGUAUUAUAUUUUUGGACAUACCAAAUGUUGGUAAGUGCAGUAUAAAUUAAUGGAACAUGUAUAACUUCCUUGAAAGUAGAGUAUCAUAAAUUUGUUGCGUACAAUUCUGGAUUUCAAAAUUUGAUAUAUAUUUUUUAAAGUUUCUAUUCGUUUCAUGAACAAUACGUAACGAAGGAAUAAGAGAAUAAUAUAUGCAAAGAAAACGUUACCGAUGCUAGUGAUACUAACAUUACUCAAUUUAAAUAUGCAAUGAAAAUAGAACUUUAAAUACAGAAACCAAAAAGUGUAACAACAUAGCAAGUGAAAUGGUACCAGCUAAAGAUACAAAUAGUAAUUUGACACAAAGAGUACAAUAUUGAAAUUAUAAAAUGUCUCAUAUAUGUUAAGAAUGAAAAAACAAAUCUCUCGCCCUCUGCUAGGAAAAAUGCCGGCCCUAUAUGAGAACCAUUUUCUAAAGAAAUUCUAGAUAUUGCGUCAUCUUACAACAGCCUUUGGAUCAAACAUAAAACAUUCGAACUUAAACAACCUUUUCUCAUUUAAGUGUGGGGUGGGUAAUGAAUGACACACCACAGUCACAUGUUGAUGUCAUUGUCAAAAAAGUAAGUUGAUGUGGCUAAAAAUGAGCCCACACAUGCCACAACAUAAUAGAACAUAUACCAAUUGUUGUAAAGAGAAUGUCAUAUAAGAGAACAUGUACUAUUGGUUGGUGAGUAGUGAAUCCUGAAUAAGGAGAUCUACUUAUGGUUUGUAAGUAGAUGUAUAGAGACAUGUACUUAUGUUUGGUAAGUAGAGAGCAAUGUAUUAGGACAUGUACGUAUGGCUGGUAUGUAGAGAUUAAUAUAUUAGGACAUGUGACAAUGGUUGGUACGUAGUGAAUCUUUAAUAAGGAAAUUUACUUACGGUUGAUAAGUAGAGAUCAAUGUAUUAGGGCAUGUGCAAAUGGUUGGUAAGUAGAGAUUCAAGUUAUAGAAUAUGUACCAAUGGUUGGUACGUAGAGUACCAAGUAAUAGAUCAAGCGGCAAUGGUUGUAAAAGACAAUGUGGUGACACGUCUUGAUGAUGUAACAUAAGUUAACACAUUUGAAAUAUGUGUAUACAAUAGUUUUAUCGUUAAUGUAAUUAUUCGAACAAGUUUGUUUUUAUCCUACCCUACACAACACUAUUAUGAACAUAUGCAACACAUUUUGUCCACAAAAAGACUGUAAAAAUGUUAAUAUAAUUAUUCGAACAAGUUUGUUUUUAUCCUAUCCUGCACAGCACUAUUAUGAACAUAACCAACACAUUUUUUUCCGCAAAAAGACUGUAAAAAAGCUCAGUGCGAAUGCAACCUCAUAUCAUACACUACACUACACUGCACUAAACUGCAUUACACUGCACUAAACUUCUCUACUCUACACUAUGGAUGCUAUAGAAACUCCAGUUAAUAUUUAAGCACAUUGUUACCAAAUGUGGUCCGAUAUAACAUUUUUAUUAUAUUUGAAUGAUUCUUACUAUGCGUAAAUAACUAUGAUUUAAUUUCCCCAUUUAAGGCACGCCGCUGCUGAUAGUCAUUAUAACUUUGAGCGUGGACAGUGAUGGCUUUGGGACCUCAGACUAGUGAGUAGUUUCUGUGUUGCGAUAUGAUACCUUGUUUGUAAUAUAUGUCUUAGUUCUUUAAGAAUGUCUUAUGACUCAUAGUAUUUAUAUUUAAAUCAACGAGGUUUCUUCCAAGACAUUUCUGUACGACACCCCCACCACCUUCCUCUUCCCCAACACUAAAGAAUUCUGUAUUUACUCCACCACAUGACCCCCAGCCAUAACGAGUUGUUUUCCAAAGUCUCCCCAUCACUAAAGAAUUCUGCAUUUACCCCCUGCCUCACCCCAGCCAUAACGAGUUGUUUGCUGAAGUCUCCCCAUCACUAAAGAAUUCUGUAUUUACCCCACGACCUGACCCCGCCAUAACGAGUUGUUUUUUGAAGUCUCCCCAUCACUAAAAAAUUCUGUAUUUACCCCACCACCUGACCCCAGCCAUAAUGAGUUGUUUGCUGAAGUCUCCCCAUCACUAAAGAAUUCUGUAUUUACCCCACGACCUGACCCCGCCAUAACGAGUUGUUUUUUGAAGUCUCCCCAUCACUAAAAAAUUCUGUAUUUACCCCACCACCUGACCCCAGCCAUAAUGAGUUGUUUGCUGAAGUCUCCCCAUCACUAAAGAAUUCUGUAUUUACCCCACGACCUGACCCCGCCAUAACGAGUUGUUUUUUGAAGUCUCCCCAUCACUAAAAAAUUCUGUAUUUACCCCACCCACCUGACCCCAGCCAUAACAAAUUUUUUGCUGAUGUCUAACCAUCAAUAAAGAAUUCUGUAUUUACCCCACCACCUGACCCCAGCCAUAAUGAAUUGUUUGCUGAAGUCUCCCCAUCACUAAAGAAUUCUGUAUUUACCCCACCACCUUACCCAAAGCCAAAAUGAAUUGUUUGGUGAGGUCUCCCCUUCACUACAGAUUUAUUUAUUCAACCCACCACCUGACCCCCAGCCCAAAUGAAUUGUUUGCUGAGGUCUUGCCGUCACUACAGAUUUAUUUAUUUACCCCACCACCUGACCCCAGCCCAAAUGAAUGGUUUGCUGAGGUCUCCCCGUCACUACAGAUUUCUCUAUUUACCCCGCCACCUGACCCCAGCCCAAAUGAAUUGUUAGCUGAAGUCUCCCAUCACUAAAGAAUUCUGCCUUUAUCCCACAACCUGACCCCAGCCCUAAUGAAAUGUUUGCUGAAGUCUCCCCGUCCCUUCAGAAUUCUGUAUUUGUAACCGUCUGAUAUUUUAAAGAUGUCAAUUUAUUACCAUGGAUAGUGGUUAUCUUAUAAAGUUGUCAAUUUAUUACUAUAGAUAGUGAUCAUUUGUUACAAUGUAAUGUAAUAUUUUUGUUAUUUGUCAUGUUAUAUAAAUUCAACUUUAAAACUGUAGAUAGAAGUCAUCUAAUAAGUUGUCAAUGUAAUACAACUGUCAUCUUAUAAGCUGUUAAUUUAAUACCUCAUACUGUGGUCAUCUCAGAAGUUGCUGGUGUAAUACAUGAUACAUUGGUAAUCUGAUAAGUUGAUAUGUAAUACCUAAUACAGUGGUCCCUCUUUAAGUUGCCAUUGUUAUACCAUUGAGAGACAUCAUUUUUUAUAUUGAUGUCAAUUUAGUAGUUACCAUCCUAACAUGUGUUGUAUAGAUUUUUCAAUGGUAAACAUAUUUUCCCUCAUACAUUUCAGUUGUUGGCUGAACAUUGAAAACGGCCUGAUAUGGGCAUUCAUUGGGCCAGU